AGCGGUGUGCAGUGGAGGUACUGUCGGCUUGGACUGGCAAUGCUGGACGAGUGCGAGCGGGAGCAUUGCUCGCUCACUCAAGAUGCGGAGUUCAACCGGAAACUUUAUCUCGAUAGCAUCGGAUACCUUCUCCGUGGCCUGCCGCUGGACCUUACUGAGCAUGAGACCGCCAUGUUACGUGCCGCAUUUCAUGCGUCAGUGAAAUCUGUCAGUGCGAUCAGUGCUCCAGACCAUGAUUCUGCGGUCUCCGGCUGUAGGCUACGAGAUCCGCAUGGCCCGUCUCCAGCACAGUCGGUGCUGCAGAAGGCAGUCGCGGGAUCAGUACUCUUCGCCUUCUUCGCCAUAGACUUCUUGCUUCCUUAUGCGCAAUCUCUCGCUCAAGGCGCGUAUUGUUGGGAGCGGAGGUACAAGCUCAGCGAUCGGCUUUUCGCUCAUAGCAUGGUCACGGCUGAGGUUGUGUGGAAGUUGAUGAUAGUACUCAUUGGCAGCGUCUGUACAAUGCAGGCUGGCGAAGUGGGCCGGAUAUUGAAGGCCGUCGCCAUAUGGUGGGUUGAAGGCUUGACGGCUGGUCUUCAGGAAGGCGUGAUGGAAGGGAUGCAACUAAUGGGUGCUAGAGCU